AAGCGGGAUGCAGAACUCCGCGCGCGCGGUGGUGAUGGAACGUUGCUAGUUCGCGGGUCCGGCUGUGGGGCCCCGUGGGGGGAAUCUCUCUGCUCCGCGCGCUGGAGCGGGAUUCUGGGAGCAGGCAGAUCUUCAAUUAAUGCACGCAUUCAAAACCCCUGAAUCCGUGGACGCAAUGCACAGGAAGCACCUUCAGGAGAUUCCGGACCAGAGUAGCAACGUCACCACCAGCUUCACGUGGGGAUGGGAUUCCAACAAGACUUCUGAACUGCUCUCCGGCAUGGGUGUCUCUGCCUUGGAGAAGGAGGAGGUGGACAGUGAGAACAUUCCACAUGAACUGCUCUCAAACCUCGGCCACCCUCAGAGCCCCCCAAGGAAACGGCUAAAGAGCAAAGGCAGCGAAAAAGACUUUGUGAUCAUCCGUCGGCCUAAGCUCAAUCGAGAGAACUUUCCAGGUGUUUCCUGGGACUCCCUUCCAGAUGAGCUGCUUCUUGGGAUCUUCUCCUGCCUGUGCCUCCCUGAGCUGCUGAGAGUCUCUGGAGUCUGCAAGAGGUGGUACCGCCUCUCGCUCGAUGAGUCUCUCUGGCAAUCCCUCGACCUCGCAGGUAAAAACCUUCACCCGGACGUGACUGUCCGCUUGCUUUCUCGAGGGGUGAUCGCCUUCCGCUGCCCACGGUCGUUUAUGGAACAACCAUUGGGUGAAAGUUUCAGCUCUUUUCGUGUGCAGCACAUGGACUUGUCGAACUCAGUCAUAAAUGUGUCAAACCUCCAUGGGAUUCUGUCCGAGUGCUCCAAGUUGCAGAAUCUAAGCCUGGAAGGCCUGCAGCUUUCGGAUCCCAUUGUCAACACUCUUGCCCAGAAUGAAAACCUGGUGCGGCUAAACCUCUGCGGGUGCUCUGGGUUUUCCGAAUCUGCCGUGGCGACUCUGCUGAGCAGCUGCUGCAGACUGGAUGAACUGAAUCUCUCCUGGUGCUUUGAGUUCACUGAAAAGCAUGUGCAGGCGGCCGUGGCACAUCUGUCGGCGACCAUCACCCAGCUCAACCUCAGCGGCUACCGAAAGAACCUCCAGAAAACAGAUCUUUGUACCUUAAUCAAACGGUGCCCCAACCUCGUCCGCCUCGACUUAAGUGACAGUAUCAUGCUAAAGAAUGACUGCUUUCCAGAAUUCUUUCAACUCAACUACCUCCAACACCUCUCGCUCAGCCGGUGCUAUGAUAUAAUUCCUGAGACCCUACUUGAACUUGGAGAGAUCCCCACACUAAAGACGCUACAAGUUUUUGGGAUCGUGCCGGAUGCUACCCUGCAACUGUUGAGAGAAGCCCUUCCCCACCUGCAGAUUAAUUGUGCCUACUUCACCACCAUUGCAAGGCCAACCAUGGACAACAAAAAGAACCCGGAGAUUUGGGGCAUCAAGUGCCGACUGACCCUACAAAAGCCUGGUUGUGUAUGAAGGGCUUACUGCGGGGGCGCCGCUUCCUCUCAAGUGAGGAACACAGGCAGCAAAUCGAGUUGCUCGAGACCUUGGUUACCUUUCCUAUUGGUUUUACCUUAGCGCUCACUGUGCAUGUAUGUUAGGGAACCAUUUGCAAGGGAGCACUAUGAAGUGUUGCGUUUUCGAGAAUACAGAGACGAUUGCGCCAGUGCUGUGCCCUCAGAGUCCAAGUGCUAGUUCUUUGGAAAUCUUAGGUGAGCCUGCUAUUUCAAAAUAGCUUUUUAAAGCAGAAUUUGAGCCAGCUCUUCCACGUGCCCUUCAGAUUAAAUCUAUUUAGAAUCAAGUUUUCAAAAUUACCCCUGGCCCAGUUUUCAUGGUGUCUGUCCUAACUUUUUUUUAUCUAUUUAAUUAUUCAGUAUUUCAUAAAACUUGAUUUUGAAGAAUGAUAAGCUAUAUGUACGGUGAGUUGAACAGAAAGAAUCAUAGGCUGGUAGCGUUUGAGGCAAUCUCUUCUGGGAAUUAGCAUUGUGUGCAGGUGUGAAGUUAGUUUGCUAGAAACACAGUCCUGCGUGAUGUACCUUGAACUCUAAAGGAGGAACAGAAACGGAGAGAGAUGCAACCGUGAGGCUAGAAUUGGUGUAGGAUUUGAGGCCUCAGAAGGCUGAAGUCCUAAAGUCAGGUUCCUGUGAAGUAGCUGUCCAUGUUUUUAGGUACGAUGCUGUGUUCCCAGAGUCCUAAAGUAGAUGAGGAAAUCUAAUCAUACCUUUUUUUUUUAACUUUAUAAUCCAUGUAUGUUAUGUGGGCUGUUUAGCUUUUUAAAUUACUUGCUUUGUUUUAGAAAUAUGGUGUUAUUCUAAUCAGCAUUCUCGAGAAGUCAGAUAGAGCUCUGAGCUGAUCUUGUUUGCUGUCUCUUCCUUUGGCGCUGCAGUCAUUUGUAUUUUACUCUGAACUCAAGGACUUGAAAUACUUUUAAGUGGUCUUUCACAGCGAUGGCUUGACCCUGCCCAGGAAGUUACUGGAUCUACAAGUUCCUUAGGUAGAGCUGCUGCUUUCUCUCGGCCAGAAACGCUCGGGAAGCAGGUGUGCGCGCAGCUUCCACGCACCUGGCACGACCUGCGCUUCACCUAAGUUUUUAAGACUCACUGGGCAUUAAACCUUUUGAUAACAGAUGGACUUUUUAACGCCUGAUACGCAGAAGCCAAAAGAUCAAAGGGUGCUUCUUAGACAAUGAAAAGAAAAAGAAAUUAAGGCAGUUACCUCUUUUGAAUACGACAGAGCCAAAAUACAUUUCUAUUAACUUUUUCAUCAAAGAAUCGUACUGUUACAAUAAUAUGAAGUGCCUUUAUCCUCUCAGACCUAAAGAACAUUUUCAAAAGUGUAACACAGGAAUAAUUUUGCAUCAGUUGCCGAGUAGUUAAAGUGCUAACUACUACUUGAAACUAUUGUUUACAGAUUAGUAGGCUGACAGUGGGCUCUGGCUGGACUCCGGCCUCCAGCUGCCCUCAGACAUGCAGGACCUGUUCUUCCUUCCUCAAGUCCAGCUGGGAGCUAUUUUGCCAACAUGUCGCAGUAAUCUGUAUUUUUGUAUGUGAUUUCUACUUUUAUAGACUCAUUUUAAAAUAAAGUACAUUUUUAUAAAAAC